UCUUAACAAUGGCAAACUUGAGAGAUUCAAUGUCUGCUUGAAUCUCUACUAUUACUACCUCUUACACUACUAUACAACAAGUCUAGCCUCCUUUUCUCUUUGCUUUUCUAGCUAUCAAAGAUGGCUGGGUUGGGAAUAGAGAAUGGUGUCGUUUCAACUCGACCAGUCAUAGUAGACAACAAAACUCUUGCAGAUUUUGAGCCUGCAAAGAAACCUAAAAGGAACAAGUUCGCUUUUGCUUGUGCCAUACUUGCUUCCUUGGCUUCCAUCUUACUUGGUUAUGAUAUUGGAGUGAUGAGUGGAGCUAUUAUAUUCAUAAAAGACGAGCUCAAAAUCAACGACGUUCAAGUUGAAAUCCUUGUCGGUAUCCUUAACUUGUACUGUCUUGUCGGUUCAUGCGUUGCUGGUCGAACCUCCGACUGGAUCGGCCGCCGUUACACCGUCGUGUUCGCCGCUGCCAUUUUCUUUGUGGGAGCUCUCCUCAUGGGCUUCGCUACAAACUACGCUUUCCUUAUGGUGGGUCGUUUCGUUGCUGGAAUCGGCGUCGGCUAUGCCCUCGUGAUUGCUCCUGUUUACACUGCUGAAGUCUCCCCCGCUUCCUCUCGCGGUUUCCUCACCUCGUUCCCCGAGAUUUUUAUUAAUGGUGGUAUAUUGUUGGGGUACGUUUCGAACUAUGCAUUUUCGAAGCUGCCAACCAACGUAGGGUGGCGGCUGAUGCUUGGCGUCGGUGCAAUCCCAUCGGUUUUAUUGGCUGUUGGUGUUCUAGCGAUGCCCGAGUCGCCGCGUUGGCUGGUUAUGCAAGGCCGACUCGGUGAAGCCAAGACAGUUCUCGACAAAACUUCAGACACUAAAGAAGAAGCUCAGUUUAGACUCGGUGACAUCAAAGAAGCAGCUGGAAUCCCCCAAGAUUGCAACGACGACGUCGUUCAGGUCCAAAAACAAUCACACGGUGAAGGCGUUUGGAAAGAAUUACUUUUAUACCCCAAGCCUGCUGUUAGGCACGUGUUGAUAUGCGCCAUUGGGAUUCAUUUCUUCCAGCAAGCGUCCGGCAUAGACGCUGUCGUUUUGUACAGUCCAAGGAUUUUUGCAAAAGCCGGGAUCACGUCAUCAAACGAUAAGCUACUCGCCACCAUAGCUGUCGGAUUCGUCAAGACGAUCUUCAUCUUGGUGGCCACGUUUUUACUAGAUCGAAUCGGACGGCGUCCGUUGCUCCUCAGCAGCUUCGCAGGCAUGGUGGCCUCAUCGGCUACACUCGGACUGUCACUAACGAUUAUAGAUCAUUCGACGGAGAAACAAAUGUGGGCCAUCGGAUUGUGCAUCGCGAUGGUUUUGGCAUACGUGGGGUUGUUCUCGAUAGGGGCGGGGCCCAUCACGUGGGUGUACAGCUCGGAGAUCUUCCCGUUGAGGCUACGCGCGCAGGGAGCGAGUAUGGGAGUGGCGGUUAACAGGGUGACGAGCGGGGUAAUAUCGAUGACAUUUAUUUCGUUGUACAAGGCGAUUACCAUUGGCGGGGCGUUUUUCCUAUUCUCCGGGAUUGCGACAGUGGCGUUUUUCUUUUUCUAUACGUGCUUGCCGGAGACUCAAGGGAAAACGCUGGAGGAAAUGGAAGGUCUUUUUGGAAAAUUGGUGGGAUGGAGGAAAGAGGCUAAGAAGAUGAAGAUGGAGUCGAAGGAUGUUAACGGUGACGGAAAAAGUAACGGUCAGAUUCAGUUAGGAAAUGUCACUACUAACGGCCGCCAAGGUUAUAUGACGAGGGUAGUUUAGUAAAUAUAUAUGUGGUUAGUGAAGGAGUAGUUUUUUUUUUUUUUUUUUUCAAGGAAAAUGAAGUUUGAGGUGUGACCCUUUGGUGGAAAAAAGGACGAAAAUUGUGCUUUUAAAUUUUUAAUGCAACGCAAAAGGAAAAACUACAAUUUCUGUUAAUGAUUUGCAAAAUAAAAUAGGAAGCUCCAAUAAUUGUGGGGGUAAAAAUGUAGAGACAGUAGGGGUUACACUUUACAGAUACAUCUGGUCUGACGCAUGGCAUUUAGCAACGAGUGGACGUUUUCUAUAUGGAUGAUAUUCUAAUUUGUCCU